GGGCCAUGGGGGUCCCCAAGCGGAAAGCCUCUGCCCACGACCCGGCUGGCGCCGCCGACGCCGUCAAGCGAGCCCGUGCGGAAGAGCUCACGGGCGUGCGAUUCAAGGCUCGGCUGAGGGACCCGCAGGGCCCCGGGCCCGCCUUGGAAGCCUUUGUCUCUGCUGCCAAGAAACUACCACAAGAAGACAUGUAUGAUGUCGUGGAAGGAUACAUAAAGAUUUCGGUGGAGUGUGCUGAGCUCUUCCAGCUCCUGAGUGGAGAGAAGCGGCCUGAAAGUGAAAUGUUGUUAAUAUUUCAAGCUUUUGAGGCCAUAUUACUGCGGACAGCCAGCGACCUCUCACAUUUUCAUGUUGUGGGCACCAACAUUGUGAAGAAGCUAAUGAACAACCACAUGAAGCUGAUCUGCGAGUCUCUGUAUGCAGCGGGUUACAGGAUGGGCCGAGCCUGCCUGGAACUGAUGACUGCCAUGGUGACCCAGGGGCCCGAAGCAGCCAGGGAUGUCUGCAGCCGUUUUGACUUGAAUAAACAGACCUUGCAUACCCUGGUGACCAAGAGGGGUUCGAAGGGAACACAUGAUGUCCGCCUGGCUUACAUCCAGUUUGCCCUGUCCUUCUUGAUUGCUGGUGAUGACAGCACCAUAGGGCAAGUGCUGGACCUGAAAGAGUUUAUUCCUUGCAUUUUUUGCUCAGGCAUAAAGGAGGAUAGGAUUUCCACCAUCAACAUUGUGUUAUCCACUCUGCAAACAAAGGUGGUUCACAAUAAAAACAUCACUAAAACCCAGAAGGUGCGUUUCUUUUCGGGACAGCUACUGAAUCACAUAGCGUCUCUCUACGGCUGGAAUGGGGUUGCUGACGUCACUCCAGAAAACGCAGACAGUGCUGAGGUGUCUGCUGAAGAAGCAGGAAAAACCAUGGUGAGGGAGCUUGUUCACAACUUCCUCAUGGAUCUUUGCUGUUCACGCAAGCAUGGGAUUAAUUUUUAUGAUGCCUCUUUGGGAACCUUUGGCAGAGGGGGCAACCUGACACUCCUGCACUUCUUACUGGGUUUGAAAACUGCGGCUGAGGAUGACCUGGUGGCCGAGCUUGUGGUGAACAUCCUUAAGGUGUGCCCGGACUUGCUGACAAAAUACUUCAAGGAAGUGAAUUUUUCCUUUCUCCCAAGAGUGAAGUCCACUUGGCUAAAUAAUGUCAAGCUGCUAAACAAGAUUUAUAAAGCCCAGCCUGAGAUUUCCCGGGCUUUCUGGACCAGAGAGUUUAUUCCCUUGCCGCGGCUACUGGCAAUGGUGCUGGUGACCACAGUGCCUUUGGUGUGCAAUAAGAUCAUGUUUACCCAGGCACUAAAUCUGGACAACACAUCAGUAAGGCACACAGCUUUAUCCCUUAUAUCUGUCAUUUUGAAAAGAGCAUUGAAGACAGUUGAACACUGUCUGAAUAAAGAGUCGUGGCAAGAAUCAGGUGUGUACACCGCCGCAAUGAUGGAGGAAUUCGUGCAGCUCUUCAGAGAAGCCCUGAGCAAGAAUUUGCCAGAUCUGAACACCAUUGUAUGGGUCUGGCAGUCACUCAAAAAGCAGGAGAUCAAACAGGAUGAUGGGAAAGGGACGAAGAAAGGGGACAAGACUCCAGCUGCCCGCAAGGCUGUCUACUGCGAUGAUGCAGAAACGGUUCUUCUGAAAGCUGCGCUGCUCCAGGUCAUAUGCCUCUAUCAGCAGGUGCUCCCCCACGUGGUCAUGCAGUACAACUUCGACUUUAGCAAGCUCCUGAAAGGUGUCAUCUCUGAGCAGGGCCUUCGUGAGGAGACCCCUCCCAUUUUGCAGCACCACAUGCUGAAGGUGGCUCUGGAACUGCCUGCCAACAAAUUUUUGUGGUUAAAGGCACAGGAAGGCCCAAAUGCAGAAAUUAUUGGAGGAGAACGCUCAGUUUUCUACCUGUUGAUGAAGAUGUUUGUGACCAGUAGUCAUUCACAGCUCAAGUCAUCCACCAAACUUCUGAUCAUGAAGAUUCUGCGCGACACCGGCGUGUUUGAGCACACCUGGAAGGAGCUGGAGCUGUGGCUGGAACACCUGGACAGCACCUCAGACGAGUGCCGAGAAAGCGUCAUCCGGUUCUUGGAGCGGAUUUUACUGACCCUGGUGGCAAGUCCCCACUUCUACACAGACAAAGUCUCUGACUUUGUCCAGGAAGCCAGCACCUUGCAGGCCGCGGCAGCAAAGCAGGAUGCCGAUGACGUCAGCAUUCCCAUCUCCCACAUCGACGACGUACUCGACAUGGUAGACGUCCUGGUGGAGGGUGAUGAAGGCUUGGACGAGGAAAUUGGGUUUUCACUGAAUGAAGACAUGAUCCUGCUCACGUUCCCAUUCAGUGCUGUGGUCCCUGCAGCCCUGGAAGCAAGGAAUAAGCUGCUCCUUGGGACCGAAAGUGAAGCAGGGGAAAGCAUCGUGGCCUAUCUGACAGCAGUGCUGACCGACCUCCUCCACACGCAGAGAGACCCUCUGGCUUUGUGUCUUUUGCUUCAGGCGUAUGACAAGUUUGAGCCUCCAGGCCCACCUUGUCUUGGGCAGCUCUCCCAGUUCAACAGAUAUUAUAGCCUCUGGGUUCCAGAGCAAGCCCGCAAGGCCUGGCCACUGCCCGUGCCAAGUGGCCCUACACCCAGAGCUCCCCUCCAGGCCUCCGGCUUCUGCACCCUGCUGCAGGCGGCCUAUGAGAGCCGCACGCUCGCGGAGGAGCACAUUCAGACUCAGCUGCUGGCUGCUGUUGCUGACCUGGCCUUGCACCAAGUCCUGCGCUCGGCCAAGCAGAUUCUGCUCUACCUCAGGAGUGCUGUGGAGAACUUCGGCCAGCUGGGCCGGAGUGUGGGCCCGCCGCUGCUGCAGCUCUUCCUGGAUCUCCUCAGGCGCGUGGUUAUGCACUGCGAGCAGCUGGACACCCAGAACAGGCAGAAGUUGGAGGCCGCCCGUGCUGAGUCUGAUCUCUUUUUGGACAUGGAGUCUGUAGCCUCCUUGGAGUUGGCCAGUGACCAGACAGUAGAGGAGGUGCUGGUGGCCAUCCUUAAACAUCCCACCCUGGAGAGUUGGUUUCUGGCCCUGGAGCAGAAAGCCUUGCCCCCACACACGCUUAGCCCUAUUCUAGUGAAGCUUCUGGCAGCCCACAUCAAUGCAGGGGUCCUUCAGCUGCUGGUGGCAAGUGCCCCAGUCCUCCAGAAACUGGGUCGACCAGAUCUCCUAGCCAAGUACUUAGAGGCCAUCGCCCAAAGUGUAUUGAGAGAACUGCGAGCCAGAACCAAAGGCCAAGCCACAUUGUCUCCCAAGAUCCCACCUCAGCUGGAGGCCCUGAGGGAGCUGCAUCCGUACAUGGAAGGAGCCCAGCUCCGUGACAUCAUCUUGGCUCUGCUGGGCCUGCCGGAGACCCAGUUGCUGAGCCAGCAAUCCACCAGGUCCCCCGGGAAGGAGAGACACCUAAGUUUCCUUGGGAAGACGCUGGUGCAGCUGCUGGCCAGCAGCCCCCAGGAUCAGCUGCAGAGCAGUGAGUUUCUCUGGUGCUCCGAAUAUGUGCGACAGCUGGGGGCUCUGCUCCCGACGCUGGCUGAGCACGAACUGGACACCGUGCUCUUCCGCACUCUGCAGAGUGAGCCUGUCUUGGCUUCUGUAGUCACAACCGACCUGCUUGACUACUGCCUGACCCGGCGGACGCAGACAGCCCUGGGCAUCGCCAGCCUGCUGCUUCUGUGGAGCUCCACGCACCUGCUGAGAUUUGAGCUUUGGUGCGGGCAGGCUGGCACCGGGCCCAUCCUGCAGGAGGACCUGGACACCUUCCUUCCUCUCAUCCAUGUGUAUCUCCAGCACAGAAAACAGGGGCACUUUACACGGCCUGCAGAAGUGACCUCCGCUGCCAUUCCUGUCCUGAGGAAGGCCCUGUGGAAGCAGCUACGGAGCAGGGUUCUCAGUACUGAUGAGCACCCCGGGUCUGGGCUGCACCAGGAGAUCCUGGCCCAACUAGUUCCAUUUGCAAGACCCAAAGACCUCCACAUGCUGAUGGACCAUUUGCCCGAACUGCUGCGGACCCCGAGUGGACCUAGGAGUUGGAUUGUGGCCGAUUCUGUCUCGGCAGCUCUGGAGGAGUCUGCAGGAGAGCUGAGAGUCUGGAGGAAGACCCUGUUGGGGUGCUGUGUGCAGUGGUUGGUCAUGUCCUUCAGUGGCGACCACCCAGGUCCUGGCAACCCCGAGGAUCAGGAGAGGCAGAUGCUGCGCCAUUUAAGCGAGUUGUUGCAUGCACUUAAUGAGGUUGACCCUGGUGAGUGGCAGAAAUUUGUGAAGACAGGACUCAAAUUUCGCUAUCAGGACCACACCUUCCUAAAGACUCUCCAUGCUGCGGUGCAGCUCCUGUACGGCCCGGCAAGCGCUGGACGCGCACACCUGGUCCCGCUCCCGGUAGUCCACAUCAUGCUCACCCAGCAUUCUCUGUUCUUGCCGACCCUGCUGACCUCCGAGGAAGAGGAAAACCCGGGCAGUGAAGUAAAAGAAGCUCUGGUGGACCUCAUGGCCACAAUGGCAAGGCUAUGCCCUUCUGUCUGUGACAGCAGCCACUUUGCAGUGCUGCUCGGGGCCUACGGUGCCUCCCUCAGCAUCCUGGACCAGAAGAUUCUGCUGCUUCUCCAUACAUACGAACAGAACCAUCUCAGCCUCUUCAGCUUGAGGGUGCUGUUGUGGGGCCCAGCAGCUGUGGAGCAUCACAAGACGUGCCGGAGCCUGGGCAAGUCGCUGUGGCAGCAGCCGAGUGUUGGGGACAUCCUCCGCCUACUGGACCGGGACCGGAUGAUGCACACCAUCCUGCACUUCCCCCAGAACCGGAGGCUGCUGCCCGCUGAGGACUCCCAGGAGCCAGUCUUUAGGGACAAGAGUGUGAGAGUGGACCUCGGCAGCCUGUACGACCCCUGCUUUCUCCUGCAUCUCUUCGUGGAACUGACCAGGCCAGAGUUUGUGGUGGAUUGCCGGAAGUUUUUGGAUUCAAAUGCUCUGGGCCUGACUGCAGCAGCCCUCAGCAGCUAUGACCCCCAGAUGCGAGCCGCAGCCUAUUGUGUCCUGGCGGCCUACUACUCACACCUGGAGGGGGCUCGCUUCCGGGAGCAGGCCCAGGUUCUACACCUGUUGGAUGUUGUCCGAAAUGGUAUUCGAACUCCAAACCUUCGACUUCCUUUUACCUUGGCCCUCUUCAUCGCCAAGGCAGCCCAGCAGAUCUUGAAACCAGAGGAGCACAUGUACUGGAAGAUCAGCAAGUUCCUGCUGUCACACGAGUCCUUGAACAUGAGCAAAGUGCCAGGCUUCUACCAGUUCUUCUACAGCUCCGACUUUGAGCACAAAGCGGAACAAGAGUGGGUGCUGGGCCUCCUGCGGCAGGGGAUUCGAGACAAGCAGUGCUACGAGCUGUGCGCCAGGAGAAGGGUCUUCCACAUCAUCCUGUCCUUUUUCAGCAGCCCCUUGUGCGACGAAGUGGCUCAGAAUUGGAUUCUAGAAAUUCUACAGAACGCUGCCCUGGUUGCCAGAUCUGCCUACGAAGUCAUCCGGGACUACAGCCUUUUAACAUGGAUUUUGCACGUCCUUGAGGAUAAGUUUCUGGAGACCCAGCUGCUCUCUAACGUGAUCUCCUUGCUGCAUACCCUGUGGGUGACCAACCUGGGAGACAAAGGCAUGGAGGAGGAGAGUCGACCACCUCAACAGGCCGGCUCCCGGGAGCCCCGGAAGCUGCUUGCCCUGCAUUUGGUCAAUGAGUUCCUGUAUGUCCUUAUCACGCUCACAAAGCACCUGAGACCCUCUUUGGCCUCCACCCAACUGACCAACUUCUUUGAGACGCUCGAGUCAGUGCUGAGGUACCGGGCCACUGUCAUGCAGGCCUUCAAGGACAUGGGCCGCUUCACUGUGAACGAGACAGUGCUGUCCACCAGAGAUGUCCUGACCCUCUUAUACAAGUGGAGCCUCAUCGAGAGAGACAUCCAGCUUCAGGGAGACUUGAGAGCAGCCAUUGAGAAGUACCAAGUCAGGGACCUCAUGAAGAUGCUCAAGGAUAAGAACAGGCCUGUGAUUGCAGCUCGAGCCAAAGGCCAGCGCGGUCGAAAGAGGCGGCCUGGGGAGGAGGAGGAGACAGCUGAGCGAGAGCUGGAAGCAGCCACUUUGGAGACAUGCAAGGGCCUCCUGAGGUCCAUACUGACCCACUGGGGGCCUGUGGCCCUUGACCCUGAACCCGCUCAGAAGCCUGAGGGCUCAGGAGCUACCCCAGAGCAUGAAGCGCUGGGGCCCGGGCAUGCAGCUGCUUCCCUAGUGGCCAGCUGGGUGCUGCGGUCAGUGGCCAAAUGCCAGCUCCCCAGGGCAGAGGCUGCAGGACUCCUUGGCUGGCUCAAGAGCCACAUUUUGCCACACUCGGUGGUGGUGUCUGACCUUCUCAGGGACAGUGCCAUGAAGAGUGGCCUGUUUAAACUGUAUAGUCACCUCUGCAGUGCCACGGGCCUGGUGGGACCUACGCAGGACGUCGCCUGCCUGUUCAACACCGUCAUGUUGCGGUUACUGGUGGCCCAGGGCCAGAUGAAGAACCCCUUCCACCUAGCAGCGGAGGCCCUGUGUGUGGCUUCUCUGAACGAGGAGGAUGAAGCGACACGAGCCUCUGCAGCAUUCCUGGUGUCUCUGUAUGUGAAGGACAUCUGGCUGGGGGCCCAGUGCCCAGAGACCCUCUCAGCCCACAUCCAGAUGGUCUGUGAGGCUGCGGAGGACUCAGCGGAUCGUGAGGCCAUUGUCAUGUUCUGCAAGGACGUCAUCUCCUCAGCCACCUGAUUGGCUCCUGCUGUUGACGCCUCCCACCCCACUGACCUGUGCCCAGAACUUGAGGUUCUACAAGUUUGAGUUAAGGUUUUCAGGGAAAGUGUGAGGUGAUAAAGUCAAUUCAUUUGCUUAGUCUAUGAACAAGAAAAAUUUAAAGAACUUUAUUUAAGUGGCCAACAAAUAAUAAGCUCAGGGGACUGUGUGUACCAAGGACCACCAAGCUCAUGUGGCUCAGGUAGGCAAGGCCCUUCCUCUCUCGGGAUUCAUUGUCCUUCAGAGGAAAUUCCUCAAGUUUAGGGGAUACGUAGAGAUACAGGGCAGAUUCAUGGACAUUAAAGCUAAGAUGUGAAAAAAAAAAAUCUGUGAUAGUUUUGAUAAGCACAGAUGAAGAUACUUAAAGUUCUCUGUAUAGGUCAUAGCACAAUUAUGUAUGGCUGAAUACAUGAAUUCCUCCAGUGUUUGCUGACUGAUGUAUAGAAUGGUGUUUUACUAAGUUCCCUAAAGUAUAAAAUUGACCUGCUUUGGGAAGGCCAUAUUUUUAAAGUUGUAUAUUUCAAGGAGAUUUUAACUUUAUAUUCUUUUGAUAAUAAAUGUUUAUUUUUGUAA